AUGGGAAACGGAAAAAUUAUAAAGGGAAGAACAAAAAGAAAAGAACAAUCAGCUGAUUCUGGAACUUUUAGUUUACUUAGUUCACUACAGAAUAAAAAUAACAAAGUGAAAUUAAAAAAGAAACGCCACUCUUCAAAUGUAUUUAAGAAAAUAGCAAAUUCACUAACUUUAACACGACAAAAGGGAUCUAAUUUAGAAUAUCUUGAUGAUUUAAGUACUAAUUCUGACACUACUUCUUUACAAUCAAAAUUAGAUGAUGAUGAAUCUAAGUCUCAAAGCACAAGUUCAAAGGAAAAUUCUGGUUUAGUGAAAAGAAAUACAAAUGGUAUUUCAAAUAUGAAUAUAAAUAAAAAUAAAAAUAAUCAACUUACAUCAGAAUGUUAUAUGAUAGGAAAUUCGUUAGAAUAUAAAAAACAAAUGAAAAAGUUUAUUAUCAAGUUGGGACCAUGUGGUUGUGAAACUUUAUCACAAAACAAGUGUUUAUCUAUGAUAUUUAAACUUAUUGUUGUUAUUGAAAAACAUUUUAACUUAGGAAAUAUGUUUAAUUUUGAUUCUGCAUUUUCUAAACUUUUUCCAACAACAAGAAUUCAAUCUAUUGUUCAUAAAGCGGCUGCAAUAUUUAAAUCUGAAUCACUUUUAUUAGAACUUUCAACUACUAAACAAGAUAUUAUAGUUGUUUCUGAUAUUCAUGGAAGUAUUUUAGAUUUAAUUAAAGUUUUAAAUGACAAUGGAUUACCAGGUGUUAAAACUUAUUUAUUCCUUGGAAAUUAUGUUGAUAAAGGAACAGAAGAUAUUGUAGUUGUAACAUUAUUGUUACUUUUAAAAAUAAAUUAUCCAAAAAAAGUUUAUCUUUUACGUGGAAACCAUGAAUUUUUGGAUCAAAAUUCAAAAGAAUGUUUUCCAAUAAGAUGUAAAAAUCUUUUUGGAUCAUUUAAUGUCUAUCGAAUAUUUAAUUAUGGUUUUGAAUUCCUUCCAUUAGCAGCAAUUAUUGAUAAUGAUAUUUUAUGUGUUCAUGGUGGAGUAUCGCAAUGGAUACAAAGUAGAAACUCUAUAAAUAUUUUAUCAAGACCUCUUAAUAAAAAUAAAGAUAUUGUUAGUAGAAUGAUAAUUACUGAUCUUGUAUGGGCUGACACUUAUAGAGAAGAUUAUGGAUCAUCAAAUAGUUUGGGAUUUACAAUUUCUAAACGUGGUAUUGGAUUUGCUUUUAAUGAAUUUGGUUUAAAAAAUAUUUUAGAAAAAUUAAAAGUUAGCAGACUUAUUCGUGGUCAUCAACCACUUGAAGAGGGAUUUAAAGUAGAGUAUGAUAAUCUCUGUUAUACGAUACAUUUAAGAAAUCCUUUUGAGUACUAUAAUUCAUAUGGAUCAUAUUGUAUACUUAAAGGUAUUAAAAAUGUUCCUGAUACUGAAUUAACAUUAAAAUCAUUUACUCGUAUAGAGUUAAAAAAAUACUCACUUAUAACUCAAAUUCCAACAUUAGCUACUGCAGCAAAUAUGUGUCGUCAUUUAAUCUCAGAACUAAAGGAAGUUCUUGAUGCUUCAAAAUUUAAAGAACAACAAAAUGCUGAAAUAGCUUGUAAUCAUUGUUCUGAUAUGUCAUUAUAUCUAAAAAAUUUAACAAAUAAAAAAAGAAAUUUUGUAGUUCAUGACCAAAUAAAAGAACUUAUAACUAAUGAUCGAGAAUUAAAGAAAAAAAACAAAAUUUAUCAAAUUUUUCAAACUCAUUUAAAAAAUAUAAAUCAUAUUCCCAUAGAAAGAUUUCCAUUGUUUUUGGAUAUGAUAUAUGAUAGACAAAUUAGAGAUUCACAGUUGAUAUCAUCAGAAGAUUUAGAGUUAAUUAAUAAAGUAAAAAACGAUUUAAAAAUGGUUAAUCUUCAAUUGAACAAAAUUACAUCUUUUAAUUACAAUAAUUUACCAUUCCAAGAGUAUAAUUCAAAAAUUGAUAUCGAUAAACUUCAUGAAUUAAAAUGUGAAAUACGUCGAUUAGAAUUAAAUUUUUAA